GAAAAAACAUGAUUUCUGAGAAGUUAUCUGUUUUUACAAAUGAACUCUUCAUAUAUACACUGUUUCUAUUUUGGUAUCCGACGCUUAUGAAAACACGAUAAUUGAUAUAAAUUUGUAAAAGGAACACGAACUGAGCAUGGGCUGUUUUACAUCGGGCUUGGUGAGUAUUCACGCAAAUACAGUCGCAACAUAAACGGAGAGAAAACCGGAUGUCAAUAUAUUGUAUCCCUGCAUUGUGUGACAGCAGUCUAUACUUCUUUCUGUCUGCAUUGACAAAUUGCAUAGACAGACAGUACUUGAAUGUGUGGCAGUCUGUAAUGUCAUUUUUCAUAAUUGAGUAUAAAGCUGAUUACCAACAAAACGUUUAGAUUUAGAAAUCAUAAAUCAAAUGCAUAAAAUCAAAAUGUACUCUUUGUUGUAUAUCCUACUUUCUUAGAAGAGAAUUAUGAUUAGUUGUUGAUUUCUUCCUCGGGUGUUUUUAUGGAUGAUGGGUUCUGGAGCUCGGAGCCCUUCCCCGGACAGCACGUCAAUCACGCAUUACUAUACUCGCCAAAUACGCAUUACCUUACUCGUGCUAAGUAGCCUAUAUGUAAAUGUAAACUCGUGAAAUGGUUGUUUAAUGACAAUCGCAUAGCGCAAAUCAGUGAGUAUCUCAGUAAGACCUGUACAUGCAGAUGUUCAGUGUAAUGAAGGCACUGAGAGAUUCAGAGACAGACUGAAAUCAGACCGGAUCUCUGACCAUCAGAAACAUCAGAACCACAGACUUUGGAUUUUAUAAACUACAGAUCAACAGCAGCAGCAUCAUCAGUGAAAAGAUCUUUAGGAUCACUGUCCAGGAUGUCCCUGGUCACAAGCACAUGCAGACCACUGCAGACAAGUCAGUGAAGGAGGGAGAAUAUAGAUCCUGGUGUAAUGAAAAACCCCAACAAUUUGAUGAUGUGGUACUUCAAUGACACUCUCAUAGCAAAAAUCAAUGGUGAUCCCAGUAGGAUCUGUACAGAUGAUCAAUGUGAAGAUGCUGAUGUUAGAUUCAGAGACAGACUGAAGCUGGAUCAUCAGACUGGAUCUCUGACCAUCAUGAACACCAGAACCACAGACUCUGGACUUUAUCAUCUUGAGAUCAUCAGCAACAGCAGCAGCAUCCGUCGGCGCCACAUUAUCAGCAUUGUGAGUCAAAAGGGCUUCAGUGUUCCCAUCACUGAUGCAGCAGAUCCCGAAUGCAGCUACAAUCAUCAGAGAUCCAGCAGAAGCAGCAGAAGUCAACAUGUGAUGUGAAGUAGACUUUUCAUCCAGUGCUGUAAUCAUAAAGAAGUGAAUGCAUCAGUCUGAUCUACUAAAAAAUACAGAGACCAGGAGUGACUCACAGCUCAGACUAUCAAAUCUGACAAAGGAACGAGUAUGCCAGUAAUGGGGUGAGAGAGUUCUCUGAGAGAGGAGAGGCUUGGACCCUGAUAAAGGAAGUGGAGGCAGCUGGGGAACAGAUCCAGAGCGUCUAUGGCCUCUUCUCGGCACCAGCUGUGGUUGGAGGAACCGGCCAGGCAAUCACAGAAUUUGAGGCCUAUGCAAGACACUCUUUACUGUCCUUCAUUGUCCGCAUUGUGCCAAGUCCUGACUGGUUUGUUUGAAUAGGCAGUCUAAACUUGUGCGAGGGUGAUAACUUGAUAGAAAACAUAAGCCUAGAUCUCUACCCCUACGAUGCCGGCACAGACAGUGGUUUCACCUUCUCCUGACCAAACUUUGAGACCAUUCCUCAAGACAAGAUCACUCAGAUGCAUCUGGUGCUGAUACAGACGAAGUGUCAGUGAUGGAGGGAGAUUCAGUCACUCUAAACACUGAUGUUGAAACAAACCAUGAAGACAGAAUUAUGUGGUAUUUUAAUGACAGUCGUAUCGCUCAGAUCAUUGGAAAUCAAAGUAAGAUCUGUACAGAUGCUGAGUGUCCUGAGAGAUUCAGAGACAGUCUGAAGCUGGAUCAUCAGACUGCAUCUCUGACCAUCACAAACAUCAACACCACAGACUCUGGAGCUUAUCAUCUGCAGAUCAACAACCGCAACCAUGAAAAGAUGUUCAAUGUUGCUGUUCAUGAUGCUCCUGCCACUGUUCGAGAUGAAAUGAAGUCAGUGCAGGAGGGAGAAUCUGUUACUUUAGAUCCUGGUGUAAUAAACAACCCAAAUCAUUUGGUCAUGUGGCUUUUUAAUGAAGUCCGCAUUGCUGAAAUUAACGGAGAUCCCAGUAAGACCUGCACAGAUGUUCAGUGUAAGGAUGCUGAUGGGAGCUUCAGAGACAGACUGGAGGUUAAUCAGACCGGAUCUCUGACCAUCAUGAACACCAGAACCACAGACUCUGGAGUUUAUAAAGUACAGAUCAUCAGCAGCAGAAUCAGCUUCAGUAUUAGAAGGAUUAGGAGCUUCAGUGUUACUGUCACUGGUUCAGGUCUAUCUUCAGCUGCUGUAGCAGGAGUAUGCGCUGCUGUAGUUAUUCUGCUCGUGGCUGCAGCUGCUGGUGUAAUUUACUAUAUUAAGCAAAACAAAGGCAGGGGGGCGGUGCAAAAUCAACUUCAGGAGAAUCCUAUAAAAUACACAUCCGAUAGUCAGACUGAGGCUGUUAAUGGCGUGUCCAAUUAAAAGACUGAGACUGCCACUGAAACGCCACUGUAGCAGUAUUUAUUAUUUUAUUUUUCUUGAAAGGGACAGUGAAGAGACAUUGGGAAAUGAAGAAAUAAGGAUCAAACUCACUCAAACGGUAGUCCACGUUUUUUUUCAGUUACAUAAACAUUCCUUCCAAAAAGCCAGUUAAGCAGUAAACCAGCAAUAAACUAAGAAACAAAACAAGUUACCAGCAGCAGAACAGCGAGUGCUUGAGGUUUUUGAGUACGUAAAGUAGG